AAUUCCAUGGAUUCAGUACCCAGUAAUCUACGAUAUUCGAGCUCGGCCCCGCAAAAUCUCCUCACCAACAGGUUCCAAAGAUCUGCAGAUGGUGAACAUCACCUUGCGUGUUCUGUCACGCCCCAACGCCGCGGAGUUGCCCACCUUGUACCAGCGCCUUGGUCUCGACUACGAAGAAAGAGUCCUACCUUCCAUCGUCAAUGAAGUGCUCAAAAGCGUGGUGGCGAAGUUCAACGCCUCGCAGCUUAUCACCCAGCGAGCUCAGGUGUCUUUGCUUAUCCGGCGGGAGCUGACAGAACGGGCCAAAGACUUCAGCCUGAUUCUCGACGACGUGGCCAUCACAGAGCUGAGCUUCAGCCGGGAGUACACGGCGGCCGUGGAGGCCAAGCAAGUGG